UGAGAAUUUUGACCCUCUUGGCUUCCCAUACCUGCUACGUCUCAAAGCAGCUGUCAGCGGGGAAGCUGCUGUCAAAGCAGUGCUAACCUACGGUAGCUGUAGCUAGCCGGCUAGCUGGCACCGGGAGACAGUAAAAAGGAAGAAGAUGGCAGGUGUGCACCCCCAGGACGACCUGCUGAAAAUGACACACAGAGAAAACUGGAAGGUGCAGCAUGAGCGUCUGCACGUGAAGCACCGGGGUCACGAAGCCAUGCACGCGGAGAUGGUGCUGAUCCUCAUCGCCACGCUGGUGGUGGCUCAGAUAGUCCUGGUUCAGUGGAAGCAGCGGCACCACCGCUCCUACAAUCUGGUGACUCUGGUCCAGAUGUGGGUGGUUCCUCUUUACUUCACCAUCAAACUGUACUGGUGGAGAUUUCUGUCCAUGUGGGGCAUGUUCUCCGUCAUCACCAGCUACGUCAUCUUCAGAGCAACCCGCAAGCCGCUGUCCUGCAGGACGCCGAGGAUGGUGUACAAGUGGUUCCUGUUGAUCUACAAGCUGAGCUAUGCAGUGGGUGUUCUGGGCUACCUGGCCAUCAUGUUCACCAUGUUCGGCUUCAACGUCUUCUUCAGGAUCAAGGCUGAGGACUCUAUGGACGUUGGCGUCAUCAUGCUGUUUUACGGACUUUACUACGGCGUCAUGGGCAGAGACUUUGCUGAAAUCUGCUCUGACUACAUGGCUUCUACAAUCGGGUACUACAACAAGGGAGGCAUGCCCAGCAGGAGUCUGACCAACGACAUCUGUGCGGUGUGCGGUCAGAGGAUCCUGGUGGACGUGGAGGAUGAAGGAUUUAUAGAAGACACCUACCAGCUCUCCUGUGGACACAUAUUCCACGAGUUCUGCAUCCGCGGCUGGUGCAUUGUGGGUAAGAAGCAGACGUGUCCGUACUGCAAUGAGAAGGUCGACUUGAAGAGGAUGAUGAACAACCCCUGGGAGAAGACACAUGUCCUGUACGGACAGCUGCUUGACUGGCUCAGAUACCUGGUUGCCUGGCAACCAAUUAUCAUCGGUAUCGUCCAUGGGAUUAAUUUCUCCCUGGGCCUCGAAUAGAGCCCUGAGGAACACCACUGUCAGUACUGUAUGUACCCGGAGUCGUGUAAAGCGCAAGAAACUUUUCGUGGCAAAAUGUCAAGCUCAGCCGACGCUACAAGGAACUGACUCAGGCUGCUUUUGAAGUCUUCGUUUCUUCAGUACUUGUUCUUUGACUGAACGCUUGCACGGUUUUCCUGCAGACGGAUCCCAGGUGGUCUGGACCUCUGUUUGCGGGGGACACUGUGAUCCCAAAAUCUGCUGCCAACUUGAACAGAAGUGUUUGAGCACAGAUCCAGUAUUUCAUUUCAAAAAGUUUUGACACCAGAAAUGUAUGUGAAGUUUGAAACUUUCAGUCUGUUCAAAUGUUGCUGUCUUGCAUGUUGUUUUUAUUGUGAUAAAUCAUUGCUUUACUUUGUACUGUAUCACACAGAAACGCCUUUUUAAACAGUUUUAUGGUUAAUUUGCACACUCCUCACUGCUGCUGGCUCUGUUGACGCCACUAACGUGUUUCUGUUCAAACUAGAUUCAAAUAAGCAUUGAUCUUCAUUAGAGGGCUGCAGCUCUUUGCACAUUGAUUACGAACAAGACAUUUAUGUCCAAAUAGGCCAAAUAGUGGUACAGCUAACCUGUUUACAUUUCAUGUAACUUAUUUUAUUACAAAAGUUUGAUUUGAUUGUUUGUUCUGUUACGUAAUAAUUUGUAUGAAGCUAAAGUUGAUGAUUUGUGGUCAACUUAUCGUAGCAGUUGGAGUCAAUAUGUCACUUUUAUGUUUCUGAAUGAGUUGCUGUCAGUGCAGCUGAUCCUACAUGAUUUAAACUGGUGAAGAAGAGAGGAAAACAUCCUUUCAAGGAUCAGUUUAAGUAUCAUGUUACAGAAAGGGGGGUAAAGUUCAGAGAGAACGAGGUGGUAAUGAUUUGUUGCUAUUCUCCCAACUUGGCGGCUUGUGUCCUCCCUCUGGUAACCAGCCUCCAAACAUUCAAUAACAGGAGUUUGAAUGAGUUUGUUGAAGUUCAUGACAAGUUUUCCAUCCGUUUCUUUUGCCAACUCAAAUAUGUUGCUUCCUUAUCAGAAGUGCUGCUGAUAUUAACUUUGUAUUGAAUAAAUAUUUGUAAAACCA